CUUAGUUGCUAAAUUUAAUAAAAGUAGUGAAUAAAAUAGGAAAAUAGAAAACAAAACCUAACUACUAUUGGGCUGGACCUCAAAUGUGCAGGAACAGGCCCAGUCCAAUUGGGGUCAUCCCCAAUCUCGCUACAGGAGCAGGGAGCCGUGGCGGGCAUCCAUGGCGCCCCGGCCAGCUGCCGGCUAUCCCGCGGCUCCCCCUGUUGGUUAAGGGCGCCACCAGCAGCCUCCGGCCCCUCUGGAACCCUAGCCCCCAAAUCCCCCAUCUCCCUCUCCCUCGCCCGCUCUCUUCGCCCCGCGCGAGAUCGCCGCGUCACCACCGCUGCGUCGUCGUCACCACGACCAACGAGCUCUCCGCCGCGGGAGAACCUACCAGGAGCCCCGCGUCGCUCGUCCACACCGUCCUCGCCCGCAAGCUCGAGCCGCGGAGGUCGUCAUCGCCGGAUCGGGCAUCUUCCCCUGUUUUGGUCGCCGCCAUCCCGCCGCGUCGUUCAGCUCCUCCGGUCCUCCCCGAGCCUCUACGGCCUGUCCCCGGCCUCCCCGAGAAUACCAUCCGCCCCCUGACCCCGAGACCGGCGCUGAUGCCACUGAGUACGACUAGGUCCCGAUGAACCCUUCUUGCCAAAGCAACCAGGCAAGCCCCCCUUUGAUCACCACAUAUCGCCUAUCUUCUCUCUACUACUUGCAUUAGAGUAGUGUAGCAUGUUACUGCUUUCCGUUAAUCCUAUCCUGAUGCAUAGCCUGUCCUUGCUACUACUGUUGUUACCUUUACCUGCAAUUCUAAUGCUUAGUAUAUGAUGCUAGUUUAUCAUCAGUGG